GGAGGUUUGCCCUGUUGGGAGGUUGUUCUGAUGUUUUGGUACUUUGGUAUUAUCAGUUUUGUUGUUUUUGUUGUUGGGUUUCUCCCAAAAUCUCUACAUCUAGAAUCUAAAUGCUAGUUCAGCACGGGCAAAUAAUUUUCCCCUGAGAGACCUCCAACAUGAACAAAUAUCUCAAUGAGAUUCUGCAAAAGGUUGUAGGAUUGGAAGGCAUAGUCAUAGCUGACAGGGAUGGCGUACCGAUUGUUAAAGCGUCAAUGGAGACAAUACCAGACACAGCUUUGAUGUCCAGUUUUCUUUCGACUUUUGGCCUGACUUCUCAUCAAGGCGGAAAAUUGGGGAUGGGCGAAAAUAACACUAUUAUUUGUAUUUAUUCAACUUACCAGGUAGUUCAGAUGGACUUGCUCGGCAUGAUAGUCACAUUUAUAGGAAACAAGAACUGCAACACUGGUCAUAUUCUUUCAAUACAAAAAGAACUGAACCCUAUAAUAAAUGACUUAACAAAAGUUCUCACAACAGAUUUUUAAUUAAUGUUACGUUUAAUGUAUUUAAGAAAGUGUACAGAAUAUAUUUUUUACGAUGGAGAUAGUUUAUCUUUAGUAUUCGUAAAGAUGUUUAUAUCAUUGCCAAAUAUAUGUCUAUAAUUAAAUCGAAUUAAUGGAUAA